CGUUCAAGAGAUAUCAAGUUCCAUCAGGCUGCAGAAUGGAAAAGUUUUACGCUCGCCUUUUCGUCGUGGCAUUACUUCUCCAACUGUGCUUCUCAACAACAGUCAAAGAAAGACCAAUAGUGUAUUUCGAUAUGACUGUUGAUGGUGAACCACUGGGAAGGAUUAUCAUGGAGCUUUACAGCGACAUUGUCCCCAAAACAGCAGAAAAUUUUCGCGCUCUGUGCACCGGCGAGAAAGGCUUUGGCUACGAAGGGUCAAGAAUCCACCUGGUGAUUCCCGACUUUGUCAUCCAGGGUGGGGACAUUAUCAAAGGCGACGGAAGCGGAGGAAAGAUCAGCAUCUAUGGAGGGGUAUUUCCUGACGAAAACUACGAGUUAAGCCACAGCCAUGUCGGUAUUCUGACUACAGCUGGCCGAUUAAACAGCAACGGCUCACAGUUCCGCAUUCUUCUUACACCAGCGACAUAUUUCGAUGGACGAAGCGUUGUAUUCGGCAGCGUCCUUUUCAAGAGUCGCGGAAUACUCAGAGAGAUCGAAAGGUUUGGCUCAUAUAACGGGGUCCCCUCUGCAGAAAUUGUAAUUGCCAAGAGUGGCCAACUGUAGGCUAAAAGUUGACAACCGCGUCAGCAUAAAUGACACAUGGACAGGAUUAUGCUCUCCAGGAUCUUGCGCAUAUUCACACCGAAGGACACAGACUGAAAUGAUAGUUUUCUCGCAAUUUUCGUGCAGUCAAUGGCCUUUCAUUCGAGGAAGAUAUGUGCCUGACUGAUAAUAGAUUAAAUUUGCUUAAUUUGAUGUGCCACUUUUAAAGGGCAGUAAACGUACUUUGACACACCAUUUUCUCACUUACACGGAUGCGUACGUACAGUGUAAAAAGUGUCUUUGAAAAAGCCAGUUUUUCUGUCUUCGGACUGAGUGGCACAAGGACAAGAGAGCCUGGAGAGUGAGUUGAAGUUUAUGCCUAAACUAAGCACUGUUCCUUUUUUAUAUUUCAUUUAAAAAACUUUUCCCAGUUCUUACUAUCUGAGGUAUUAUGCUGUUUUUCUUUGGUAGCAAAAUGCGAACUUACCGUGAACACAGCACGGCUUAUGAGUUCUUACACAUCCCUUUUAAUAAGUUUUACUUAUACCCCUUACUCCUAACUGAGCCAGCACCAACCUUCAUUACUAAUACCGAUAUUCGCAAUUUGAAAAAAUAAAGGAGUGAUAUCAUUUAGUUGUUUCGAUAAAAAAUCAGUUACAUUUCUUCUGUACCAUGUACUGCUUUCAAUGCUUGCAAAUAUUAACAACCCGCUCCAACAGGUCCAGAGAAGUAUGAUUUUGUAAUCACGGAAAAUGCAGAGAUCUGCAGUUUACAGACAAUCUCUAGAGCCUCCAAUAAUCAUUAACAAUUCAAAAGCAAAUGUUAAAUGAGUUUAUUCUUUCGAUAGUGAAACUAUUGUUCUUUUACGCUUACUCUUAUCAGUAAAAAGGUUAAUUAAGACAGGUGGAGGGAAUGAAAUAAAUACCUGAAAAGUGCAGCCAAUAUCUGAGAUCUAUUUUGAAUUAUUUUAUAACGUACUAUGUAUAUCUAAAACUAUCAGGUCACAAGAAACUACCACUUUAGGUCGAUCAAACUUUUUUGUAAAUAUCAGCUACUAAUCAUCCUUUACGAACAGAGCACAUUACAG